AAAGAGUAUCACAAAAUAUAGGUUAAAAACACAAUUUCAACUUAGAAUGACCCUAUCCUUUUAAAAGAAGAAGAAUAUCAUAAACACACAUAAAAUGGGAGUGGUGCAAAAGCCAUGGAUCGGAGCUUCAUGAUCCGCACUUUAUGCUUCCCAAUUUUUACUUCACUCCAACGCCACGUUAUUGAGUUUCCAAUACACUCUUUAUAUCUAUCACUCAAUAAAAAGAAGCUAGUAACUAAAUGCUUGUUCUUUUUCUUGCAAUUACCAACAGGUUAAUGUAUCUUCUUACUUCAUCAAUUUGAGCUUUCCUUUAGAGUGAUUAUUGGAUUUAAAUGAGAAAAGCUGCAAUGUGCUUCUCGCUGUCACAGUUUCCUCGAUGUAGAAUUCAAAUAUUGACUAAUUCAUGGUGGCAAAGUUUCCACCAUAUAAGUAGGAUUGGUAGGGGAAGCAUUAGCUCCAAGGUUCUUGCUGCGGGUAAACAUGGGCUGGAAGGUAGGUAUAAUAGUACUGAGAAUAGGACUCUAACUACAAAAAGUGAAGGGAAAAACAAGGCUGCCUUUAUCAGAAAAACAACUAUCAGACACGAAAUAUUAGAUGAAGCAACAAAAUCGGAAGUAGAAUAUAGUUCAGAAAUAACUGAAAUAGGAAGUACACAAUAUGUUGAUAUUCGACAAACAAUUGUUGAAAACAAAGACUUGGCCAAACUCAUGACUUUUAUCAUUUUUGAUAUUGAAACCACUGGGUUUAGCAGAGAAAAUGAAAGAAUUAUCGAGAUUGCAUUGCGGGAUCUUAAUGGGGGUGUUAACAGCACAUUCCAGACAUUAGUCAAUCCUGGCUGUAGUGUUCCAAAUUCACAUAUCCACGGAAUUACCACCGGUAUGGUCAAAAGACCUGAGGUCCCCAGGAUGGGGGACCUCAUUCCGAUCUUGUUGAGGUAUGUAGGAAGCCGACAGAAACCUGAUGGAUAUGUGGUGUUGAUUGCACAUAAUGCUCGCGGUUUUGAUGUUCCUUUUCUAAUUAAGGAAUUCAGUAGAUACUCCUUUGAUAUUCCCCCAAAUUGGUUGUUCAUUGAUACUCUCCCUUUGGCACGUGAAGUCAUGAAAUCCGGAGGCAAAAAGGCUCCUCCAAAAGUGUCAUUGCAUGCCCUUGGUCAACACUAUGGGAUCCCUUUUGUUGGUUCUGCUCAUAGAGCCAUGGCGGAUGUGCACAUGUUAUCAGCAAUAUUUCAGCGACUGACAUUCGACCUAAAGUUGACAAUUCCUUCUCUUAUUGAAGGACAUUCCUUUUGGCCAUCAGAAGUAGGCAGCAAGAAGAAGAAGAAAACCCCUGGCUAAACAUAGUAAGCAUACUUAGAUUGUUCAGAUAGUCCGGUGUAACAUUCUUUAUAGGGAAGUUAUUACUGUAAGCAAGUUAUAGAAUUAGCUAAUUCUUCCAUUGAAAUGGCUGGUUAUAACAUAAUCAAAUGUUGUUUAUGAGCCUUGGCAUUGAUCUUUGCCACUCUUGUAUUGUAACUUGUCUUUUCAUGUGACUAAAUGAGAUUGGCAUUUAUGUACUUUAUAUAAUACCAAUUACAGUAUUCAGAUGAUUGAUUCA